AUGAGCACAUUGCUGGCAUCCGCUGUGUUAUGGCUAGGAGCUAUACAACGUGUAUGGGGCAUUAUAAUCGACGACCCGGCCGACCUUCCUCUCACGUCCUUUGACUAUGUGAUCAUUGGAGGCGGAACGGCUGGUCUGACGCUCGCAAAUCGUCUGACCGAAAACGGCGCGACCAAUGUCCUGGUUUUGGAAGCUGGUAGAGGAAACGAAGGGGACCUGCCGAUGCCCAUCCCCUUCAUGGGCCCGAUCCUCAGUCCCGAGACACAGUACACGUGGAAUUACACCGUCUCGCCCCAAGUCGGUCUGAACCUCCGGACGUUCGAGUACCCACGCGGAAGGGUGCUAGGUGGAUGCAGUUCUAUCAAUUAUUUGAUCCGCCAGUUCGGCACAAGUGAGGACUGGGACAGGAUUGCGAAUUUGACGGCGGAGCCCACCUGGUCAUGGGCAAAUAUGAAGCAGUACGUGCAAAAGUAUGACAAAAUAGUCCAGCCGCUUGAUGGCCAUAGCAUCACUGGCGAGUACAUCCCUGCUCUUCAUGGAUUUGGUGGAAACGUUCAGGCAAGUCUCCCGGAACUGAGCUUCCCCAUCGACGCUCGCGUCAUGGCUACGCUCAACCAGCCGUCUUCGGAGUUCCAGUACAACAACGACACGGUGGGCGGGGACCAAAUUGUGCUCGGUGUGGGCUAUGUUCAGAACAGCUCCGGGGAGGGGACGCGCAGCAGCGCCUACACCGGAUACUACCUCGCUGCGGCCGCGAGGCAGAACUUCGUCAUUCUAACUUCGGCGACCGUUUUGAAGCUCGUUCAGACUGGAACGACCGCAAACGGGCUUAAGUCGUUUCGGAGCGUACAGUAUGCCCAUGGGACUUUGACAUUGACAGUGACUGCGAUUCGAGAAGUCAUUCUUUCCGCAGGGGCUAUCAACACGCCGCAGAUCCUCCAGCUCUCCGGAAUCGGAAAUGCAGUUGACUUGCGAAAACUGAACAUAACCGUUUUAAUCAACAAUCCGGCGGUGGGGAGCAACCUUUAUGAUCACACACUCCUUCCCAACAUCUUCGUUGUCCAAGAUGCAGUGGCCAACCAGACAUUUGACGAUUUAUUGCGAAACCAGGCCCAGAUAGAAGAUCAAAUAAAUCUCUGGAUCGCUAAUAGAACUGGCCUUUUUAUCAAUAAUAUUGUAAACCACUUUGGCUUUUCCCGGAUUACGUUGGACCCAGGGGAAGAAGACCCUGCACCGGGUCCCAACUCGCCCCACUACGAGAUGAUUUUUGCUAAUCUUUUUUUCGAAAAGCCUGGGCCCUUUAGACCAGACGAAGGCAGCUAUUUUACGGUUGGAACUAUGCUAACUAGCCCAGAGUCCACUGGGACCGUUAAACUUGCCAGUGCAGAUCCAUUGGCCCCGCCGAUCAUCGACCCCAGAUACCUCACCGAGGCGUUUGACAUUAUAGCAAUGCGAGAGUCCGUCAAAGCCGUAUUGCGCUUUACAGCGGCGCCUGCAUGGAGCGACUGGAUCGCCGGGCGCUUCGGCGCUGCAUUCCAAAAUGCCACGGACGACGCGUCGAUCGACGCCUACGUUCGCACUCUCACAAUAUCUGACAUGAACCCCGUCGGCACUGCGUCCAUGUCGAUGGUCGAUGACCCCUCCGGCGUUGUUGGCCCCGACUUGCUGGUGAAAGGCGCGGAUGGACUGCGCAUCGUUGAUGCGUCUGUUUUUCCUAGGAGCCCUAGUACACACUCACAAGGGCUUGUGUACCUGCUUGCAGAAAGAACAGCAGACAUAAUCAAAGCCGCGCAAGUUUCUUCGCAGCCGCCUACGAACCAGUGCAACGCCAACCUCCUGUGUUGCGGCAACACUGAAACGGCCAACAGCGCAUCCUCACUUCUCGUAUUGUUGGGCAUCACCGUGAGCGAUGGAAACACCAUCGUUGGUCUUAGUUGCACCCCCAUCAAUGUCAUAGGUGUUAGUGGAAAUUCCUGCACCGGCCAGGCUGUCUGCUGCGCUACCGUUGAAUCAAAUGGUCUUGUGGCUAUUAACUGCUCUCCCGUCAACCUGCCAAGCUAA